UUUAAAACCGAAACAACCCUAAACGCUUCUUCUUCUUCUUCGUCUCUCUUUCAAAGAUCAAUAGACGCCGCCACUCGCUUCAUACAGUUCCUACAGCUUCAGAGGUGAAAAUGAGUCGCGGUGGUGCAGCAGUAGCUAAGGGGAAGAAGAAGGGAGUGUCCUUCACUAUUGAUUGUUCGAAGCCUGUGGAUGACAAGAUCAUGGAGAUUGCUUCUCUAGAGAAGUUUCUUCAGGAGAGGAUUAAGGUUGGUGGCAAAGCUGGUGCUCUUGGUGAUUCUGUUACUAUCACUCGUGAGAAGAGCAAGAUCACUGUUACUUCUGAUGGUCAAUUCUCCAAGAGAUAUCUCAAGUAUUUGACCAAGAAGUACUUGAAGAAGCACAAUGUGAGGGAUUGGCUCAGAGUGAUUGCGGCAAACAAGGACCGUAACCUUUAUGAGUUGAGAUACUUCAACAUUGCUGAGAACGAAGCCGAGGAAGAAGAUUAAAAAACCAGUAGUGCUGUUCUUCUCUCCCUGUUGGUGUUUGGUUUUGAUUCUUCAAUUAUCUUGAGUUUUGUGUUAGAUAUUUAUUUAGUUUGAUUGAAGUAAUACUCUUUUUCUUUUGGUGUUUGCAACACUUGAGAUUUUUCCAUGGAGUCUAUUUCUUACAAAAUCUUUUCUCGAUUAAUAUAACAAACUGGUUUAGAGA